GCUCUUUGUGCGCAUGCGCGCUCGUACUCCUCCUCUCCCUGCGGAGCACGGCUGAGUCAGUCAGUCUGUCGGAGUCAGUCUUCGGAACAGGCGACGCCGGGAACUUCGGAGAGCCAGCUGCUGGAUUAUUCUGUGUCCCCUCCCACUCUCCCGCCCUACGUCUCUCUUCAUCCUUCUCCCGCCCUUGCUCGUGCAGCCAUGGCGGAGUCGUCAGCGGCCACUCAGUCCCCGUCAGUCUCCUCGUCGUCCUCCGGGGCCGAGCCGUCAGCUCUCGGCGGCGGCGGCGGGAGCCCUGGAGCCUGCCCCGCCCUGGGGGCGAAGAGCUGCGGCUCCUCGUGUGCGGAUUCCUUUGUUUCUUCCUCUUCCUCUCAGCCUGUAUCUAUAGUUUCGACCUCACAAGCGGGAUUGAGCUCUCUUUGCUCUGAUGAGCCACCUUCAAAAAGUAUGACUUCCUCCUUUCUUUCAUCUUCUGAAAUACAUAACCCUGACCCUACAACACCGCUUGGAGAAAAGAGUGAAACAUUAGGCAGCCAGUUUGUUCUAGCUAAAGAAAAAGACCCCUUGGUUCUUCUAGAUAAGAAAAAGCUGGACUCUCCUCAGGGGACCAACUUGGACAGAGUAGACGCUCCGGUUUCUCUUGCAGCUGGCAUUCCUUGCAGCCACCCUUCUAUUCCAGACAGUUUCCCAGAGCAACCUGCUUUUCUGUCAAAAGAAAUUGGUCCAGCAGAAGAGUGGGUAGUUAAAGACCAAGAACCCAAGAACCCAAACAAGAUUCCAGAUGGGGAGGACAGAAGUGCACUGGAUUUUGGGCAAUCUAAGGCAGAACACAUUUGUACAUAUUCCUUGUCCCCAUCUGAACUUCCAGUAGCCAGUGUAGAAAAAGAUUCUCCUGAGUCACCGUUUGAAGUAAUUAUUGACAAAGCAACAUUUGACAGAGAAUAUAAAGAUUUGUAUAAGGAAAACCCAAAUGAUUUGUGUGGCUGGGCAGCUCAUGGUGAUAGAGAAUCCCCUGCAGACUUGUUGGAAAUGAAUGACAAACUCUUUCCACUAAGAAAUAAAGAGGCAGGGCGUUACCCAUCCUCUGCACUACUCGGUAGACAGUUCUCACACACUACAGCAGCACUGGAAGAGGUGUCUAGAUGUGUGAAUGAUAUGCAUAACUUUACUAAUGAAAUACUGACUUGGGACUUAGAUCCCCAAGCAAAACAACAGGCCAAAAAAACAUCUUGCACCACAGAAAGUACAGGACUAGACAGGAGUGAACAUCGCUCAGAAAUUCCAGUUAUAAAUCUUAAAACAAAUCCUCAACAGAAAAUGCCUGUAUGUUCUUUUAAUGGGAGCACUCCCAUUACCAAAUCCACAGGUGACUGGACAGAAGAAAAACCUGUAAGAGACUACCUCAGUUCCACAAAAGAAGCUGGUGGCAACGGUGUGCCAGGCAGUUCUCAGCUUUAUUCCGAGCUGCCUGGUUCUAUGCCUGAGAAAUGGGUCUCAGGCUCUGGAGCAGCCACAGUGGAAGUAACUUUACCUAACCUGAGGGGUGCCUGGCCUAACUCUGUGAUGGGGGAAGUCACAGAGGUUGAUAGUUCUGGGGAAUCUGAUGACACAGUAAUAGAGGACAUCACAGAAAAUCCCUCAGUUAAGAGCAUCAAAGUUUUGCCAGAAAAACCUGACUCCCUUCCAAGUGCUGCUGCAAAAACAAGUGAAAGGGAAAUCAAAGAGCCUCCCAGUCUUGAAACUGUGAAGAGUGAAGUGUAUGAAAACUCUGAGCAGCAGCAGGCCCAGCCAGAAACUCCUGCUCAGAGGAGUCUGGAAGGUGAGGUGUCUUCACAAGUACCUGAUACCCUGAAUGAAGUCACACCUGAAAAGCUUGAUAUGACUAACAACCCCAAAGUUUGCUCAGCAGCACCUCCAAGUGUUCUUAAUGAGACAGGAUUCUCACUAACUGUGCCAGCUUCUGCCAAGUUGGAAUCUUUGCUUGGAAAAUAUGUUGAAGAUACAGAUGGUUCCUCCCCAGAGGACUUGAUGGCUGUCCUCACAGGAGCCGAGGAGAAGGGGAUAGUGGAUAAAGAGGAAGGUGAUGUUUUGGAAGCAGUGUUAGAGAAGAUAGCAGACUUUAAAAAUAUUUUGCCUGUGGAACUCUUGCAUGAAAGUGAGCUAAGUGGUUCUGAAACCAAAAAUAUUAAAAGCAAAUACAGUGAAGACAGCAGAGAAACAAAUGGAAGUGCCCCUACGAUGUCUCCCGACUUAGAGCAGGAGCAGCUCACCAUCAGAGCCAUUAAAGAGUUAGGAGAAAGGCAAGCUGAGAAGGUGCAGGAUGAAGGGAUAUCUUCUGGAGGAAAAUUCAAGCAAGCCUUUGCUCCACAGUCUGGGCCACAGAGUUCAUCUGACAUCCUAGAACACACAGAUGUCAAAACUGGAUCUGAUCUUGGAAUUCCCAAAAAUCCUACUAUCAUCAAAAACACUAGAAUAGAUUCUAUUUCCAGCCUUACCAAGACUGAAAUGGUUAACAAGAAUGUUCUAGCAAGACUUCUCAGUGAUUUCCCAGUGCACGAUCUGAUUUUCUGGCGAGAUGUGAAGAAGACUGGGUUUGUCUUUGGCACCACACUGAUCAUGCUGCUCUCUCUGGCAGCCUUCAGUGUUAUCAGUGUGGUCUCUUACCUCAUCCUGGCUCUUCUCUCUGUCACCAUCAGCUUCAGAGUCUAUAAGUCUGUCAUUCAAGCUGUGCAGAAGUCAGAAGAAGGACAUCCAUUCAAGGCCUACUUGGAUGUGGACAUUACCCUGUCUUCAGAAGCUUUCCACAACUACAUGAAUGCUGCAAUGGUGCAUGUCAACAAGGCCCUCAAACUCAUUAUUCGCCUCUUUCUGGUAGAAGACUUGGUUGACUCCUUGAAGCUGGCUGUCUUCAUGUGGCUGAUGACCUAUGUUGGUGCUGUUUUUAAUGGAAUUACCCUUCUGAUUCUUGCCGAGCUGCUUGUCUUCAGCGUCCCAAUUGUCUAUGAGAAGUAUAAGACACAGAUUGACCACUAUGUUGGGAUUGCCCGGGAUCAGACCAAGUCAAUUGUUGAAAAGAUCCAAGCAAAGCUUCCUGGAAUCGCCAAAAAAAAGGCAGAAUAAGCACGUGAAGCAAGAAGUGCAUCAGUUACUAAAACACCAUUUAAUAGUUAUAACAUCGUCACUUGUACUAUGAAGGAACUUGCUCAGUGUCAGCUA